CGCCCUGCCAUAUCUUAAUAAAAUAGCAUUGGCAGACGACCAUUUCGCUACGCCCAACAAAAUCGAUGUUUUGAUUGGUGCUUCGCUGUUUCCGCAUUUGAUUCUUCCCGACGACGUGGUCUCCAGUGGACCAUCGGGGCCGCCCGCUAUUCAUACAGUGCUAGGCUACGUACUCAUGGGAGUCGUGCCUGCGCUCGCCGCCCGCCCAGCAUGCGUGACGUCAUGCUGCGCCAUAGUGCCACAGCAGCCUAUGGAUCAUUUAAUUACCCGCUUCUGGGAACUGGAAGAAGUCCCCGGCUCGCCCGUUCAGCACCCCACGGAUGUUGAAUGUGAACAUUUUUACCGCUCGACUACGGAACGUGACCCCGUGACCGGCCGUUACACUGUAGCUCUCCCGUUUGAUAAAGACGUGUUUUUACUUGGGGACUCCUAUAACAUUGCUCGCAAACGUUUUUUGUGUUUGGAGAAGAAGCUCGAGGCUUCUCCCGAGCUUCGUGCCGCUUACGAUGACGUCAUUAAGGACUAUAUUUCCAAAGGUUAUGUGGAGCCACUGACCGUUCCCCCGCAGGCGUCAUCGGAUGAUUUGUCCCCGAGCUAUAUAAUCCCGCACCAUGGUGUCCUCCGCGAGGACAAGUCCACCACGAAGCUGCGCCCCGUGUUAGAUGCAAGUUGCAAGACUUCAUCCGGUGUCUCGCUAAACGAGGUGCUGCACAGUGGGCCAAAUUUACAAGGGGACUUGUUUAAAAUUAUUUUAAAUUUUCGCCUACACGCUGUAGCGAUGACCGCUGAUUGCAAACAGAUGUUUCUGCAGAUUAUGCUUCGCGAAUCUGAUAGACGCUAUCAGAGAAUUUUAUAUCGUUUUAAUCCAAACGAUCCUCUGGUUCUAUAUCAAUUUAAUAGAGUAUGUUUCGGUUUAAAGUCAAGUCCCUUCCACGCGCUCCGCACUGUGCAGCAGCUCGUCGACGAUGACGGCGCCGAGUAUCCCCGCGCGGCGGAGAUCGUCCCGUCCUGCCUGUAUAUGGACGAUAUCGCCUUUUCUGUUGAUACAGAACAGGAGGCGGUGGACGCAGCAAAACAGCUGAUUUAAAUGUUCAAGGGUGCCCA